AGGAGCAGCAGCCUCCUCUCGUGUUUGUCGGAGCAGCAGGAGUCAGCGGAGGAGCGAUGCUGAGCGCGCGGCAGGAUGUCUCUCACCUCCUCCUCCUCCUCCUCCUGCCUCCGGACUCUCCGAGCCUUCCUCCUCCUGCAGCUCCUCCUCGUACCGCCGUGCCUCCUCCACCCGCAGCCGUGCCGCCUCCUGGCGCAGAUCGGUCACUCCGUGCGCGUCGGUGCGCUCCUGCCGGCGCAGCGGGCGGCGCGCGUACAGGUCCAGGCGGCGCUGAGCCGCGCGGCGGCCGCGGUGAGCCGGGACCGGGAGCUGGAGCGGGACCCGGAGCGUGUGAACUUCCUGCCCUACAACCUGAGCCUGGAGCUCGUGCCCCGGCAGCUGACCGCCGCGGACCCCGAGUCGCUGCUCCGCUGCGCGUGCCAGGGCGUGGUGGUGCAGGGAGUGUCCGCCGUGCUCGCGUUCCCGCAGAGCCGCGAGGAGCUGCUACAGGUGGACCUCACCGCCUCCUCCCUGGAGAUCCCAUUCAUCAGCGUCCUCCAGCACGGAGAGCCGCUCCGCACGCAGAACCGGUUCCACCUGCAGAUGGUGACGGGUGUUCCAGAGUCCGGUCUGUCUGAUUUGCUGCUGACUGUUCUGCAGCGGUCCGGUUGGCGUGAGGGGACCGCCGUGCUGUGUCGGGGCUGGGAGGAGGCUCGGGGUCUUCUGCAGCUCCUAGACCAUCACAGCAGUGCAUCGUGGGAGGGCGGCAGGAGGGUCACCUGGCACCUGCGAGCCCUGCUGAACCUGACGCAGUUGGCUCACGAUGACACGCAGAUCCACGACUUCCUGUCUCGACACUUCCGGCAGAACCAAGCCUCACCAGCCUCAGUGCUGCUGUUCGGGGCCGACCCGCAGUGCGCAGCGGCUGUGCUGCGCAGCGCCCAGGACCUGGGCCUGACGUUACCCAUGGUACACUGGGUGCUGGGUCAGCCGCUCAGCCCCGACGUGCUGCACACCAUCGGGCUGCCGCUUGGCCUACUGGCCUACGGUGAGGUGGAACGGAAACCGCUUGACUACUACGUUAGAGACGCCCUGCAGCUCAUCACCAGGGCUGUUGCUGCGGCGACUGCGGUGAGGCCAGACCUGGCUCUGAUCCAGAACACGAUGAACUGCUACGACAAACCCAACAAGCACGAGCUGCUGACCUCAGGACAGUACCUGUCCAGGUUUUUGUCAAACACAUCUUUCUCUGGACUCACCGGUCCCGUCCGAGUCCACCAGAAUUGGUCUGAGGUUAUUACUCUGCAACGAUUCCAUAUCUGGAGUCUGCGGCGGGACGCACUGGGUCAACCCACCUGGGUGACAGUAGGCAGCUGGGAGGAUGGCUCGCUGCAGGUGGAGGACCAGCAAGUGUGGCAAGGACCCAAGCCUCACCACAGGAUGGAUGGGAUGGGUGGGAGGACCAGGGGCCGGUGGAGAGCAGGGUUGCCGGUGGCAGGGAGUCGGGUCCGGGUGGUAACCCUGGUGGAACAUCCCUUCGUGUUCACGCGGGACGUGGACGACGAGGGCAGCUGCCCGGCUGGUCAAUUCUGCCUGGAUGCUGCCGCUAACAGCUCAGAGACCCUGGAGAGAUACUUCAGGGAAGUGGCAGUUGGGAACAGCAGCUCGCUGCCCAGAGACUACACCAAGUGCUGCUAUGGCUAUUGUAUAGACCUGCUGGAGAAGCUGGCUGAGGACCUAGGCUUUGAGUUUGACCUUUACAUCGUCGGAGACGGAAAGUAUGGAGCUUGGAAGGGAGGGCGCUGGACCGGGCUGGUGGGAGAUCUCCUGAAUGGUCUGGCAGACAUGGCCGUCACCUCAUUUAGCAUAAAUUCUGCCCGUAGCCGGGUGAUCGACUUCACUUCGCCCUUCUUCUCCACCAGCCUGGGCAUCCUGGUGCGCAGUAAGGACACAGCAGCCCCCAUCGGGGCCUUCAUGUGGCCCCUGCACUGGUCCAUGUGGGUGGGCAUCUUCCUGGCACUGCACAUCACUGCACUUUUCCUCACGCUCUACGAGUGGAAGAGUCCUUAUGGGAUGACACCUCAUGGGCGCAACCGGGUGAGGGUAUUCUCUUACUCAUCGGCUCUCAACCUGUGCUACGCCAUCCUGUUCGGGCGCACCGUCUCCUCUAAGACCCCAAAGUGCUGGACAGGCCGCUUCCUGAUGAACUUGUGGGCCAUCUUCUGUCUGCUGGUGCUGUCCAGCUACACCGCCAACCUUGCUGCCGUCAUGGUGGGAGAGAAGACCUUUGAGGAGGUCUCAGGGAUCCAUGAUGCCAAGCUGCAUCAUCCGUCACAGGGUUUUCGUUUUGGGACAGUGAGGGAAAGCAGUGCGGAGGAUUACAUGAAGAAGAGUUUUCCAGAAAUGCAUGAAUACAUGAGACGCUUCAACGAGCCGACCACACCUGAAGGAGUUGCCACCCUCAAGACAGAUCCUCCUCAGCUCGAUGCCUUCAUCAUGGACAAAGCUCUGUUGGAUUACGAAGUCUCCAUCGAUGCCGACUGCAAACUGGCAACAGUCGGGAAACCGUUUGCCAUCGAAGGUUACGGUAUCGGCCUCCCUCAGAAUUCUCCUCUGACAUCCAAUGUCUCCGAGUUCAUCAGCAGGUACAAAUCCGAUGGUUACAUGGACCUGCUGCACGACAAGUGGUACAAAGUGGUUCCGUGUGGGAACCGUGUGUUCGCCGUUACUGAGACUCUUCAGAUGGGCAUCAGCCACUUUUCCGGACUCUUCGUGUUGCUGUGCGUCGGCGUGAGCGGCGCUUUGCUGACUCUGGCAGGCGAACAUGGUUUUUACCGACUCGUUCUGCCACACAUCCGCCGCCGUCAGAACCUAAAGUACUGGCUGCACACCUCACAGAAAAUCCACCGAGCUCUGAACAUGACGUACGAGGACGUGAAGAGGCAGCGAGCUGAGAAAGAGAAGAGCUGUAACCUGCACAAGUCUCAGCCCCCUCCGGCCCCUCCCGCUCCGGGAGCUUCAGCCAAAUGGAACAACGAGACGAGCAAGGACGCCGAUGCCGCAGCUACCGCCGCUGCUGCCAAAGAUGCCAGAGACUUCAAAAGAGUCCACUUCAACCUGGAGACGCUGAACACCCGCCGUCUGCUUGCUCGUCUUGCAGUCUCUGAAGCCAAGGGAGGCAGCGCCAUGGCUGAGAGGGAGGGUCCAGCCAAGCCGAAGGCGGGGCCAAACAGCAGGCUGUGUGAGAAUGGAGGACCGGCGGCUUCGUUCACCAACCGACUGCUCACGCUCCCCUCCUCAUCCUCCUCUGCAAGACCCAAUGCUUCAGCUCCACCCCCCACAGCCGCGGCGCUUUCUCCGCCUGCUACUUCCACCCCUGCCCCCGUUACCAUAGCCCCGCCUGCCUCAGAUGCCCCACCCCGUGUUGCUGUGGCUCCGCCCCGGCCUGGCGAGCUGGAGGAGCUGGAGGAGGAGAUCGAACAGAUGAGGGAGAAGUUACGGACAGCUCUGGCAAGGAGAGCUGAGAUUCAGACGACUCUAACCAAACCCACUGUCACAGUGACAAGCGCCCCAUCAUCCGUUACCACGACAACCAUUAUGGCGACCCCAACAACGACAGGAGCCACGCCCAUUCCCAUACCCACCAUUACCCCAGUAACAACCCUUCCUUCCAACAUGAAAUGCGUAACGACCAUGACCGACCCGCCUCACAAAGUCCUAUCUAAAGUCCGGCCCCUCCAUAGCAGCCUGGCCAGUCAGAGGAGGUGAUGUUCUCUGGAAAGGUCACGACACGGCGGCCAUUCUAAUCAGCAGUGAGGAAAAAAAAUGUUCCUUUUAUUUUGUUUAACUUUCUCAAGUUCUCAAAGAAGUUGAUUGGACAGAAAACAUCAAAGAGCCCUGAAGCUAAUCAGAUGAUUGGUUACCUAAUCAAUAUUUUUAGGCUGGAUGAAAUUAUUGAACCCUUUAGAGUACAAACACUUUAUAUUUCCAGCUAAAAUUAGAAAUCCU